AUGGCAGCGACAGCAGGGCUGCCGGCGGGCUCAGGAGGAGACUUUGUGUUCCCAGUCUUCUACAACUACCCUCCCAUGUUCACGCUGCAGCCCGUGAAGGAGUCGCAGCAGAAGCAGCGGCUGCUGUGGAAGGACUUGAUACUGCGCUACUGUAAGCACAACCGCAUACACAUGGUGCCGGCGGAGGAUGCAGACGACUUCCCGCUGUUCCACAACCGGGCCAUCAACCGGCGGCUCAGCCGUGAGUUCAAGGUGCUGCUGCUGGAUGACUUGGUGCGGCAGGGCGGCGCGCUGUGGUCAGACAAGAGCCAGCGCGCGGCGCUGGUGCUGUGGCGCGGCAUCAAGGAGUGGGCGGACGUCAUCUACCAAUGGGCGCGCGGCUGCGGCUUUGAGGACAGCGUGGUGACGGUGGAUGAGAUGCAGACGGGUGUGCUUGUGGAGGGGACGGAGCUGGAGGGGCUGCACCGCGAGGUGCUGGUGCGGGCGGUGAAGCUGCUGGAGCAGCAGGGCAAGGCCAAGCUGUUCAAGGAGGCGGCGGGGGACGACGAGGGCGUGAAGUUCUUCACAGCCGCCUGA